AUGGACUUAAUCGACACAAGAGUGCACUCUUAUUCUUCAAUGAGGGUAACUUAUAGUGAGCAGUGCUGUGAACAUAGUAUAAUCAAACCGGCCUGUGUACCAAUAACUAUCCUUUCGUUAGUUGUGCUUACCAUUGUUUUCUAUCCGCUGUUAAAUGAGGAAAUUUUGGGCAAUACAAUACAACGAUUUGAACGUACCGGCGAAUGUACGGAUACAUGCAGUGUACAGAUUGUUGAAACAAUACCAACCAAUGUUUCAUUUGGUAAUUACACGGAAAACUUGUCAACUUAUGAUGCAUGGAAGCAGCUGUUAGAUGAAGCUGAAAGGAGCAUUGAUAUUACAGUUUUUUAUUGGAAUCUUAGGGACAGUAAUAACUAUUCAACUUCGUGGCAGUCAGUGAACGUCUAUCUCAAUCACAAAAUAUUUCAUUACUUGCAAACCACUGUUGGGAGAGAGGUAAACAAUUUAGGUAAGGCAUCAGUUCGAAGUUUGGAUUUCGUUCGACUUCUUGGUGGUGGAGUAUUACACACAAAAAUGUGGAUUGUUGAUGACAAGCAUAUCUAUGUGGGGUCUGCAAAUAUGGAUUGGAAAUCUUUGACCGAAGUAAAAGAAUUGGGUUAUUUGAUAAAAAAUUGCUCAUGUAUGGCUUCGGAUUUCUCAAAAAUAUUUACCGUGUACUGGAGACUUGGUGGCGAAGCAUCGAAAAUUCCUGUAAAAUGGCCCUUGAAUCUUCGGACAUAUUUCAAUUUUACACAUCCACUCAAAGUAUUUCUGAAUUCAAAGCCGGCUCAAACGUUUAUUUCGAGUUCGCCCGACAGUUUCAAUACAAAAAGUCGCGAGCAUGACGUGGAUGCUAUUACUGCUAUUCUGAAGAGUGCAAAAAUUUUUGCACAUAUAGCAGUGAUGGAUUAUUUGCCUACAACAGUUUAUUUUAACGGCCAUAAUAUGUAUUGGCCGAUAAUUGAUGAUGCUAUACGUACUGCUGUUUAUAAUGGAGUUUCAGUUCGCCUGCUGAUAAGUCAUUGGAAUCACUCUAGAGUAGAAAUUGUUCCAUAUCUGAAAUCUUUGAUAGCCAUCAAUGAUGCCUUUGUUCAUAAAAAGAAUUUCAGUGGUCGGGUUGAAGCGAAACUGUUUACCGUUCCAAGUGAUGCUGAACAAGCGAAACUGUCGUUUGCUCGAGUAAAUCAUAAUAAGUACAUGGUAACCGACCAGGUGGCUUAUGUUGGGACAUCUAAUUGGGUUGGAGAUUAUUUUAUAAAUACUGCCGGGGUUGGUGUUUCAUUCAUUGCACCAGACGUUGUUCAGAUGUUGAAUGAUGUUUUUACACGAGACUGGAAUUCAGAAUAUUCUAGCCCAGUGUAA